AGCUUUUUAGCAUUUGUUGUUUUUUUGUUCAGGAUUUUAAGUCAGAAGUCUUUGGAUGUAAAUUUAAAAGCAUGAGAAAUAAAAUAAAAUAUAACACAUAAAUCGUAUCGUUAAUAACAUAAAGUUUCUCGCAUCAUGUAGCAAUCAUUGGGAGUGACUAAUAAUUGAUAUAGAAUAAGCAGAACUAUCAAAAAUAUCAUGACAUUAGCAAACUAGCGAUAAAAAUCUUAUAUUAUAAUUUUGACUUUCCUGAUUAUUGCUACAAGAUAGCAUAAAACAUUAGUUGAAGAUUAGCUAGAAAAUGAUUGAUGUUAAUUACACUCUUGAUUGUCCACUUUGGCCUGAUGCCCCACACCAAUGCUCUACAGUAAUGAUUAUACAGCGUUUUGUCUCAACAGUAUCUUUGUUAGGUUGUCUAUUUAUAAUUGUUGUCAUAUGCCUGUUUCGUGCUUAUCGUAUUUUUAUACAGCGUCUAAUUUUAUUUUUAAGCAUAUCUGCAGCAUUUCAAUGUAUUAGUUAUGUAAUCAGUGAUCUAUAUACUAAUAACUUUGUUUGUCAAUUUCAAGCAUUCAUUAUGCAAUAUUUUUCAUGGUCUACUUUGUUGUGGGUGGUAGUCAUGACUAUGAAUAUAAUACUUUCAAUUUAUCAGGUUUCUGCUUCUAAAUUUGAAAAGUAUUUUCAUCUGGUUGCAUGGGUUUUUCCCUUUUUUUGGGCUUCUUUGCCUUUUAUAGGUAAUAACUAUGGUCAAGCAGGAGUUUGGUGUUGGAUAAAAAGAGAUGCUACUGCACUUCGUUUUGGAACUUGGUAUAUUCCAAAGUUUAUUAUUAUAUUUCUACUUGUAUUAGUGUUUUCGUUCAUACUUUUGAGAGUAGUAAGGCAAAAUAAACAAUGGAAAGGUACUCACAAUACAACUGAUACCAAAGAAAAUGUGUUACUUAUUAAGGAAGUAAAGCAACUUGCAGCUUACCCAUUGAUCUAUGCUAUUCUUUCUUUGCCAACAUUGAUCUAUCGAAUUGAAGAUGCUGUCCAUCCUAAUCAGCUUCCAAAAUAUUAUUUGCUUAUAUUGAGUGUGCUUAUUUCUCCUUCUAUUGGAGCAGUAAAUGCUUUGGCAUUUGCAUUUUAUGGAGAUAUUCGGAAUAAAUUGUCUUUUUCUCAACUGAAGUUUGCAACACUAUCAUGUUUUAGAAGUUCAACAAAUUCUAAUGUAAUUCACAAUUACAAAGUAGAUGAUGAAGCAAAUAUAAUUAGUGAUAUUGAGUACAGCAGCUGAAAGAUUUGAUUUAGCUUUUUUUGGCUUUUAAUUUGCUACUGUUUUUUUAUAUUGUGAAUUUUGUGCAAACUUUGUGGUUUAAGAGACAUAUUUGGCAAUAAUAAAUUGGUAAUAUAUUUUUGAAAAUGCAAAUAAAAUGUACAUUA